AAAUUUCCAACUGAAGGACUGGCGAACGUCGUUCGAAAUGUAUUUGACUUUGACUCCUACAACAACGAAAUGCGUGACAUUUUAAUCAGCACUUUGCACAAAUAUGGGAUACCUAUUGGAGCAAACCCGACCAAUGUACAGCUGGCCAAGGAACUGCCAUUACCAGAGCAUAAAUUUAUGGGCUACUGGAAAGUCGAUCAGCCGGGGAAUGCACGUCAGAAACUGCUGUGUCCAACAGAAACUCAAAAAAUAGAUGUAAAGGGCCCUGUAUACUUAAAUAUUCAAGGAUUUCCAGUGGAACGACACGAAGCCAGGUCCCUCAGUUUCACAGAGGAACUCGCUUUUUGGACACUUCCUUUGGGUGAAAUUAACUUGGUUUGUGACGUCACAGUAACAAAAGAAGAGGAAGCUGAAAAUGUUCUUUAUGUUGCCACCUGCAAUCCUGUUUCUGUGUACUUCAUGAAUGUUUCUAGUAAGAGUGGGUACUUUGUGGACCUUUAUGACCUCUUCCCAAGAACAGUAGGAAAUGUCUGGCAACCUUUUGUGACUGUGGCACCACUGGGAAAUCCGCUCAAAGGUCAAGUGGUUCUACAUGAAGAGGAGAGCAAUGUUGUCUUGUUGCUGGAUACAAACAAUGGUGCCCUUCGCCGACUUUUGCUCUUACCAGAUGCUCAAGAGUCUCCUAAGAGAACAUCGUGGUGGAGCAGCAAAGAAGAAGUGAGCAGCUACAAAAUGUGCCGAGAGUUUUCACACAAAAACUGGCUGGUGUUCUACAAAGAAGCAGGAAACCGCCUUAUUGUUCUGGAUGUAUUAGAGGGUCGAACUCAUACCAUCUCGCUUCCGAUCAAUCUGAAAUCCGUUUUCCUGGCAGCUGAAGACCGGUGGCUCUUGGUGGAAAAUGAAACAAAUCAGAAAUUUCUUUUAACCAAGCAUGCCCAUAUAGAAGCUGAAGACAGUGAGGUUUGCCAACUGUAUGCAUUGAGUGAAGAGCCAGCUGACAUGGGAUUUGGCUUAACAACAGCAUCCAAACUGUGUGUGCCUCAUGCAGUUUCAAGUGACCAGCUAUCUUCAGAAAACCUCAGUGCAGCUGUGGGACAGAAGAUCAGCUCCCCCAACAGGAUUUUCUCAGAUGAACAUAAUUAUGCUACUAUUGUUGUUGGUUUCCCAGACCUCUUGUCUCCUAGUGAAGUGUACGGCUGGAAAAGAAACUCCCCUCUGAGUCACAAACGUGCUUCUCCUUCUGAUCCAUUUUAUUAUGGAGCCCAGAGGAAACCAGAAGCUGCAAAACAAACCAAUUGUGUAACUUUAUUGGCUUCUAAUCAAAUAGUCAGAAUUUUAGCACCUGGAGAUGUGCCUUUGAAAGACAUUUACCCAAAAGAUGUCACUCCUCCACAAGCUGCUGGAUACUUGGAAGUAACAGAUCUUAACUCAAAGAAAAUCAAAUAUAUUGCUAUUCCCAGAUGCCAGUCUCUCUCUCCUUACACAUCUUGGCUCUCUAAGAUCUCAGACGCCGAUGUCCUUUUGGCACCACUGGGCAAAGUAGGUUUGGUUACUGUGGACAUGGGAGGUGGCGUGAGGCUUUGGGAAACAGGGCUGGACAGCCUUCAGCGGUCGCUGCAGGACUGGAGGAACAUGAUUGGCCAAGAAGAUGGUCGUCCUGUGCAGAUAACCAUUCAAAGGGACAGUGGUUUGGAUGUCAGUUCCCCCAAACAUGGAAAAGUGGAUCCACACAACAUGCCGCAUGUCGGUGGAAAUACUUGGGCUGGUGGAACAGGUGGGAGAGACACUGCUGGGUUAGGUGGCAAAGGUGGGCCCUAUCGACUGGAUGCUGGCCACAGGGUUUACCAGAUAUCUCAAGCUGAAAAGGAUGCUGUUCCUGAAGAGGUUAAGAGAGCUGCUCGAGAGAUGGGUGAAAAGGCCUUUAAACAGAGAUUGAAAGAGAUUCAGAUGAGCGAAUAUGACGCAUCAACGUACGAAAGGUUCUCUGGAGCCGUCCGACGUCAAGUUCAGUCACUCCGCAUCAUUUUAGACAAUCUGCAGGUAAUCUUAGAUUCCCUGAUAAAGGAACAUGGUGAGCUCAUUACAUUAGGCCCCAAGUACUGUCCUGCUAAUAUCCCGUUACCAUCUGGUGAUCAUACCUUCGAGGGCGAAAGGCAGAUUCAG